GAAUGUUGUGUUCCCUCGGCUUUUGGUGCUGGUGUAAGUCCUGUCAUGGCGGGUUUAUUAAGGCUGGGCUUGGUCCACUGUGGCCGCAGUGAAGCGACCCGUGUGUGUUGGAACCAGCGUGGUUGGACGGCGGCUGUGAUUGUGCUGAAGCUGCAGCUCCCGUGCUUUGCUGCUGCGUCGUCUUCCUCUUUGGUUAUUUCUGUUCGUUCUUUUCUCUCCUUUCACACGUCCUUCCUUCCUUUUCCUGUCGGCUCAGCUUCUCCUCUGUCUCUGGGUUUGUUUUGUGAACCACAUGAAGGUGAGACGCGGAACAAACACGCCGCCUUCUCCGUAGUGGCUUUGUCAUCAUCAAAAACUGAUCUCAACGCCGAUCUUGAAAGCUCGCUGUCAUUUAAUCGGGUUUGGAGAUUAAGUUGUUUGUGUUGGUUCCAGUGUGACAGUGUGGAGCAGCGUUGCUCGCAUGGGAACCUCACAGUGACACAGGAAGCCAUGGGCCACUGGUCGUCAUGAAAUGGUUUCACAACAAACCACAACCUGUUUUCUGACAUCUCUGUUGUCUAGAGAUGAAACAAACAAGACGGCGUGGUCCUACUGUACGUAACGCUGCUUCCUUUAACUUGUUCUGUUGUUAGCAUUUAUCUUAGCAGCUCUUCCUCUUAUUUGACCUGUACCUCACAGCACAGAACUGAAUAUUUGCUGUUGUUAUACACUGGCGUGCAGAAGGAGCUUCUCUGUCGGAGAGUAACGUCAGGGUCCGGCUCCAUCCAGCCAGACCACAAGGACAGUCCAGAACAGAGCAGAGAGCAGUCAGUCACUGUGAAACAAAAAACAAAAUGAGCCCCUUCACUAGAUGAUUAGGAUCAUCGGUUCCUGUAUUUAGUUCCUCGACAGGGAUCCUGCUUCAAAAUAACACCGAGUGGUCCUUGAUUUUGGUUUUGAGCAGAAUUUGUGAAAAUGUAUGAAUCUCAGUGUAUUUCACAACUUCCACAAGCUCUCAGGAGCUCGCUUACCUGCACCGUCUGCGCGUUGGCCGACAGCCCCGUCAGUCAGAGGGGCAGGGCCGUGGGGGCGGGGCUUGCUGUUGACAUCACGGUCACAUGGAUCCUCAUGCCGUGCAGGGAGCAGCGCAGGAUGUCAGAGCAGAGAGCGAGCGGCUGCUGUUCACAGAGGACCCUCCUGCCACAGCCUCCUGCACGAGGCUGGAGUAGAAAUAUGUAUUUUGUCAUUUCUGCCAUGAAAGCUCAGAUUGAAAUCAUUCCCUGUAAGAUCUGCGGAGACAAAUCGUCAGGGAUCCACUACGGGGUGAUCACCUGCGAGGGCUGCAAGGGCUUCUUCAGGCGCAGUCAGCAGAGUAACGCCACCUACUCGUGUCCUCGCCAGAAAACCUGCGUGAUCGACCGGACCAGUCGGAACCGCUGCCAGCACUGCCGUCUGCAGAAAUGCCUGGCCGUGGGCAUGUCCCGAGACGCCGUGAAGUUCGGCCGCAUGUCCAAGAAGCAGCGCGACAGUCUGUACGCCGAGGUCCAGAAGCACCGGCUGCAGCAGCAGCAGCAGCAGGGCUCCGUCCUCAGCAGCUCCAGCUUGGACGACGCCGAGCCGCUGUCGCCCCAGUACGGCCUCGCCUCCAGCGCCGAGCUGGGAGGCUACGCGGAGCAGGACUCGCCCGAAGCCGCGUCUCUGUCCUCCAAGCAGGCGGACUCCGGGGGUGAAGGAGGGGGAGGUGGGUUCUACCUGGACAUCCAGCCGUCUCCCGACCAGUCUGGGCUCGACAUUAACGGCAUCAAACCGGAGCCGCUGUGCGACUACGGCUCCAGUAACGGCUUCUUCCCCUACUGCUCCUUCAGCAACGGGGAGGCGUCGCCCACAGCGUCCAUGGCCGAACUCGACCACCUGGCCCACGUCGUGUCCAAGUCCCACCACGAGACGUGCCAGUACCUGAAGGAGGAGCUGCAGCCCACGCGCGGCGAGAGGCUCCCGCAGGCCGAGGUGGACGGCUACCAGCGGAAGCCGCGGGAGCUGAUGUGGCAGCUCUGCGCCGUCAAGAUCACCGAGGCCAUCCAGUACGUGGUGGAGUUCGCCAAGCGCAUCGACGGCUUCAUGGAGCUCAGCCAGAACGACCAGAUCGUGCUGCUGAAGGCCGGCUCCCUGGAGGUCGUCUUCAUUCGAAUGUGCCGGCUGUUUGACGAGCAGAACAACGCCGUCUACUUUGACGGGAAAUUUGCGGGUCCCGACGUCUUCAAAGCUUUAGGUUGCGAUGACUUGAUCGCAUCAGUCUUCGACUUCGCCAAGAGCCUGUGUUCACUGCAGCUGACGGAGGAGGAGCUGGCUUUGUUCUCCGCGUUUGUUUUGCUCUCGGCAGACCGGUCGUGGCUGCAGGACAAGCUGCAGGUGGAGAAGCUGCAGCAGAAGACACAGUCGGCUCUGCAGCACGUCCUGCAGAAAAACCAGCGCGACGACGGCGUUCUGAGCGAGCUCAGGUGUCGAGUGUCGGCGCUGCGCUCGCUGUGUAGCCGUCACACGGAGAAGCUGUCAGCGUUCAGAGCCGUUCACCCCGACAUCGUCCGAAUGCACUUCCCGCCUCUGUACAAGGAGCUGUUCGGUGCCGACCUGGAGCUGGCCGUGCAGACAGACGACUAGGUGGAGGCCACCGCACAGAGACAGGACACACGCGCACAAACGGACUUCUCCUCACCUCCUCUGCUCGGCCGGAGGAGGCGCUGGUCUUCCUCCACCGGCACUCACGGACUUCUUGUAUUCAGGAUCUGAGCUGAUAUUAAAAUGCACUUUGGUUCUUUACACUGAAAGCUGCUGUUUUCUUCUUGCACUCGACUGUCGAGACGUCGCCUCUGAGGGAACGAAACCACGAACGUACCACGAUGCAGGAAACGAGCGCCACGGUAGGUUUGAGGACGGAAUCAGAGGACGAAGGCAACUCUGCAGCUUUAGUGCUACACAGACUGAUCUGUAGCUGCACGUGGCACAGAAUCCAGUGACUCGGUUUCACAAAUGACGGACUUUUCCAUCAGCACACAUUGGCACCAGGGUCUCGAUCCGUGUCUCUGCUGAUGUGUAACCUGGUGCUUCCUACAGUAGCUCCUCUCACUUGCUCUGGAAGUGGAACACAUGUAAUGUCACUGUGUGGCUCAGCCCAGCCGUGGAAUCAAGUCUGUACAAAUGUUGACCUCUUCUUUAACGCCCAGAACUUUGUUGCAGCUCUGCAGUGAAGCAAGACACAAAAUAUGAAAAUCUGGAAUGAAAAAAAAAUAAGGUAAAAAGUUCCCGCCAGUCAUCAAAUACCAGGAAUCAGCUGAUGCUCUGGUCCUGAUCCUCCAACACCUGCAGACGGCGUCUCACUCGAGGGGUGUCUUCUACUGCCAUCUAGUGGUGCUGAUACAAAAAUGCAGCUUCUCGUUUCUCAGCACGUCUCAAAAUCAGACCCACUGAUGCAGCACACAAAUUUCAUAACCGUUAGAGCAAUAAGGGAUUAAACUAUGCACGAGAAUAAUAUGACAUAAUAUGACACGAUGAAAACAUCUGAUCUGCUGCCUACACUUUGUAAUCUGUGCUGGGAAAAGCAACAUUUUCCCAUCAUGACCAGUAGAGGACAGAAAGUCAGGUCCAACCACAGCUAUGGGGUGAAGCCUAACCUUGAGUCCAUCCAGACGGGCAAAGCACCGAUCAGGCAGGAGCAGCAGGGGAAAGACUGAUGGCUGACAUCCUGUUGUUAUGCUAAUCAUCAACAGACUGCAACAUCUUAUUUAUCAUCCCCCAGGUUAAUGUUUUCAGUUUGUGGGGUUCAAGGCCAUUUCAGGCAUUACAUAUGUCAACACCUCAGCCCAGCACCACUCUGGCAAACGAACAUAACUGAAUGUCAAUCAUUAAAAAAAAUGUGUUGUUUUUCUGUUUAGUCUGAAAAUAGUGUGUCAAUGAUUCAUAAGUCUGGGGCUCUUUGCAUAGACUGCGCUGAAUGAGCAGAUAGCUAGAUGAAUGGAUGGAUGGAUGGAUGGAUGGAUGGAUGGAUGGAUGGAUGGAUGGAUGGAUGGAUGGAUGGAUGGAUGGAUGGAUGAUGGAGGGGCGGAUGGAUGGAUGGAUGGAUGGAUGAUGGAGGGACGGACGGAUGGCUAGUUUGAAGGAAUACAUUUUGAAUGGAUAAUAAAUGGAUGGAUGGAUGAAUGAUAGAUGGAUGGAUGAUAGAUUGAUGGAUGGAUGGAUGGAUGGAUGGAUGAUAGAUGGAUGGAUGGAUGGAUGGAUGGAUGGAUGAUGGAGGGACGGAUGGAUGGAUGGAUGGAUGGAUGAUGGAGGGACGGACGGAUGGCUAGUUUGAAGGAAUACAUUUUGAAUGGAUAAUAAAUGGAUGGAUGGAUGAAUGAUAGAUGGAUGGAUGAUAGAUUGAUGGAUGGAUGGAUGGAUGGAUGGAUGAUAGAUGGAUGGAUGGAUGGAUGGAUGGAUGGAUGGAUGGAUGGAUGGAUGGAUGGAUGGAUGAUGGAGGGACGGAUGGAUGGAUGGAUGGAUGGAUGAUGGAGGGACGGACGGAUGGCUAGUUUGAAGGAAUAAAUUUUGAAUGGAUAAUAAAUGGAUGGAUGGAUGAAUGAUAGAUGGAUGGAUGAUAGAUUGAUGGAUGGAUGGAUGGAUGAUAGAUUGAUGGAUGGAUGGAUGGAUGGAUGGAUGGAUGGAUGGAUGGAUGGAUGGAUGGAUGGAUGGAUGGACUAAGAGAUAGGAGUAGUUUUUGUUUUUCAUCACGUUUGCUGAUGACACUCUUCUCCCUCCACCCUCAUCCUUUCCUUUGUAAUUAACUCUAACUCCUUCUGCUCACUGGAUAAAUUGCUGUAGAGGCCAGUUUUAUUACUUGGCAUCAUGAUGUAUAGUUCAGUGCACUGCUUCCCUUACAUGUAGUUUCUUAGUAGAUGUCUGCCUGCUUCAAUAUUUCCACUGGGAAAUUCUCUUUAGUUUUUUAGUUUGAAUCCAUGUCUGAAGGUCUCUGGUGACCCCAUGAUUAAAUGUUUCAUACAGUAACUGAAAUGAUGAAAAACACAGAAGCGUCGCAAGGUGAAUACAAACAAACUGUUAACAUUGAUGCUACAGCUCUGUCCCCUUGAUGAAUGAUGAAUCAGACCUAAAUAUGCUGACACGCGGGUGAAAUGAAACUAGGAACACAUCAUCUGCCACAGGUUCGGCUCGUCUCCUCUCUUCAAACGACUCAGACUGUGCAGAGCUGCUUUGUCAAAAGAAAAAUACAGUUGUUUGUUAACGGCUUUGUUCAAAGUGUUUUUAAAUGGUCUUUUUACAGUCAGAACAUGUUAAAUAAACAAAUGAAGCUGA